GAUUCAUCGACUACUUUUCAUCGAUAAAUUUUCAGCUCUAGUGAAAAAGUAUGGAAUUAUUCUUCAAUAAAACGUGUAAAACUCUCAAUAUUUUCGUGCCCGGACUCUAUAUUUCGCUGUAUACCCUAGAAACGAAAGCAGAACAAGCAUACAACUGAAAGCAAAUCGCGCGCAAAGUGUCGGAUGCAAAAACUUUUAUUUCGUUAUUUCACCCCGCAUUACAUUAUUGGUUCAUCGAGUAAUCAUGGGAAAAUCUGCCUCAAAUUAGCUGGCUGAACAAUGCCACCGCCACCCAAAACCAAGCACAAGAAAAUGGCCUUUCUAAAGGAGUCCCCCAGCAGCGUAUUUGUGUUUUGAAGAUUAGAUGUCGAAAUUCCACACCCUUAUGGGAGCGCUGUUUGACCCCUUCCUCUUUGUUCUCCGACUGAUUGCAAACAUGAGCUCCCCCAUCUACGAGCAAUAUCGGUGCUCACCGUCGCAUCGCCUCACUGGGCGGCCACUGUGGAAGCCAAACAAGGUUAACAAGGAGCCCGAAGCGGAACCGCUAGACUCGCACCGAACGGUCACCAAGGAGCAGUUGCUCAUGCCCCCACUGCAGCCAGAACCCCUGGCCAGCAUGAUGUCGUUCCAACUGAUGGCCAUGGACGUCGUCAGCCAGAUGCAAUCAGCCCUGCACCAGUGCGUUGCUGCGUCCCAGAGUCCACCGGGCGUCAAGAUGGCGGGACUCAAGCUGGACGCGCUUCGGCGCUCCUGCUGCUUCUUUAUCGACCUGCAUCCGCACUCGCGGCACGGCUUUAAGGAGUCCCUGGACGAACCCAACUCUAGUCAAGUGUCCAGCGACAAAAAUAACAAUGCGGACGUCUCUGGUGGAUCGAGUACCAAGGCGGGUUGCUUUCGACGUCAGAGGAGUAUUUCCGAAUGCAGUGAGGACAGUUUUAUUUGCUUCGAAGACGACGCAGACGAGGAAGAUGACAAGGAUGGUGAGGACGAGGACGAGGACGACGAUGAUGACGAUGACGAUAUCAGCGUACAGUUCACGACAUGCUGCGAAGAUGAGGACACCGAGCAGGCCGAUGAAAAGACCUGCGCGUGCAGCAGCAACGACAGCUCAAAGAGCCUCAAAAAGGUACGCUUCAACCUGAAGCCGGAAGUUCAUGUUAUGCAUGCCUGGGACUAUGCCUAUCGGGCGGCCAGGAAAAGCAAGUGGGAGGUGAUUGCCCGGGACCGGUCUCGAUUUCAGCAGCGGAUUCAUCGUAUUGCACCCUUUAUAAAUGCUGUCCUAACUCCGGAACACCGCGAUAGUGUCUACCAGGCCCGCUUUCUGAUGGAGGAAGUGCGUGCUCUGCAUUGAUAUACCUGAAAUAGAUUUCGAUGUACAGAUUACAGUUUGAUAAACUAAUGCGACAUUAAAUUAAGCAUACUUGGUUUGCGUGUAUAAAGCAAUUAAUUAA